CUUGUAUUAUCUCCAAACAACAUCCAUCCAUCGCAGACAUCACUCACCACAAACAGCAAACAACAAACCAAUCCACAAUGAGCUCAAUCCUCAAACCCACCCGCUCCUCCACCCUCUUCUUCCGCCCUCUCCUCCUGCGACCGUAUCUCACCCGGCCGUACCACAAAGAACUGCACAGCAACAAAGGCGAGGAGAUGUUCAUUCCCCCAUCCUACCCGGACGACAUCGAGCCCCCGAAGCUAAUCCACAAGAAGGAGACCAAGGAGAGCAUGUGGGAUGAGUUGCAGGCUACGAUGAGUGAGACCUCGGUCAAAGCCGAUCGCGGAGAUAUCAAGUUCGAGCCCAAGAAAGCCGGGCAGAAAACCGCUGCGAAGUCGGAUGGCGCGUUCCCGGAGCGAGAAGAGCCCAGGAUCGAUGAGAUGUGAUUUCUCGCUUCCGUCGCCUCGGUGUUGCAAAUGGUCUCCGGGCUGGAGAAGGAGGGAAGGAAUGGUCUGGGGUCGGGGGUUUACGAUGUUAGCAUGGGUUUCUGCACUGUAUCGGCCUUGCGCUUCUCAACAAAUUGUAUGCAACCUAUCAUUUAUGUCCUAAUCUGGGCAUGGUUUCUAUGCUCUAGCUCUAGUUCUAGUCCGUGUCUAAAAUUCG